UAGAGGCUUCUCUCUCCUGCUGCUGCUGCUGCUCGCGCCUUGUCUUGUUGUGGUUAGCUGGAUGCUAGCCCAUGCUUUCUGCUGUAGCCGGCUGUAGCGGUGAUGGCUCUCCCAUGAGGCGGGGGAGCGGGACUGUGUUUCUGACUAAACAGUGAGUGAAGUGCCGUGGCCAUGGCCGGGGUUUUCGACAUCGAUUUGGAUCAACCGGAUGAGAAUGUCUCUGACGACGAACUUGAGGAGGACGGGGGCCAGCUCAGUGAAUACAUGGACCAGUGCAGUGGCUUUGAAUUUAACAUGGAUGACUGUGAGAAGUUUGAAAUUUCAGAGAACAGCGUGAACAAGGGAACAGAGCAGAUCAGGCCUGAAUGCUUUGAGCUGCUGAAAGUUUUGGGAAAAGGUGGCUAUGGAAAGGUGUUUCAAGUGCGGAAGGUAUCAGGUUCCACCUCUGGGAAGAUAUUUGCUAUGAAAGUCUUGAAGAAGGCCAUGAUUGUGCGUAAUGCGAAGGACACGGCGCACACCAAAGCUGAGAGGAAUAUUCUGGAAGAGGUGAAGCACCCUUUCAUUGUGGACCUCAUCUAUGCCUUCCAGACAGGAGGGAAGCUCUACCUUAUCCUGGAGUAUCUGAGCGGAGGCGAGCUGUUUAUGCAACUGGAAAGAGAGGGCAUCUUCAUGGAAGACACAGCAUGUUUCUACCUGGCUGAGAUCUCGAUGGCGCUGGGUCACCUGCACCAGAAAGGCAUCAUCUAUAGAGACCUGAAGCCUGAGAACAUCAUGCUCAACAACAACGGACAUGUGAAGCUGACAGACUUUGGUCUAUGCAAAGAAUCGAUCCAUGACGGAACAGUCACCCACACCUUCUGUGGCACUAUAGAAUACAUGGCUCCAGAGAUCCUCAUGAGGAGCGGACAUAACCGAGCAGUGGACUGGUGGAGUUUGGGAGCUCUCAUGUAUGACAUGCUGACAGGAGCACCUCCAUUCACUGGUGAAAACCGAAAGAAGACAAUUGACAAAAUCUUGAAAUGCAAACUCAGCCUUCCUCCUUACCUCACACAAGAAGCCAGGGACCUCUUGAAAAAGCUGCUGAAACGAAAUGCCUCGCUGCGACUCGGGGCUGGACCGGGAGAUGCUGCCGAGGUCCAGGCCCACCCAUUCUUCCGGCAUAUAAAUUGGGACGACCUCCUCGCUCGCAAAGUCGAGCCUCCGUUUAAACCGUACCUGCAAUCGGCUGAUGACGUCAGCCAGUUUGACUCCAAGUUCACCAGCCAGACUCCAGUGGACAGCCCUGAUGACUCCACGCUCAGUGAAAGUGCCAAUCAAGUCUUCCUGGGUUUCACAUAUGUAGCCCCAUCUGUGCUGGAAAACGUCAAAGAGAAGUUCUCUUUCGAGCCAAAAGUGCGAUCACCACGGAAGUUCCCAGGAAGCCCGAGAACACCUGUGAGUCCGUUGAAGUUUGUUGGUGGGGACUGCUGGCCGAGGGGACCCCCGCAGACGGGCGGCACCGUGGAGCAACCCAUGGAGGUGUCGGCAGUGGAACAAAUGGACACGAGCAGCAGCGGCGCCUCCGAGGCCUCCGCGCCGCUACCCAUCAGGCACCCUUCAGGUAUCAACGCGGGGCCCUACAAGAAGCAGGCGUACCCCAUGAACUCCAAGCGGCCCGAACAUCUACGGAUGAACCUAUGACGCUCGGCUCGCCUACAAACACUAGGACUCUUCCAAUUUCCUCAUAUCCCCUUCCCCUUUUGUUGUUUUCUUUCAAAAGAGACUUGUAGAUUUCUUUUUUCUUUUAAAUUGACUGACACAGUCAGUGCUGAUCACCAGCUCUUCCAGCAGCGCCUUCCCAUCUCUCCUCAGCCUGAUGCAGCUGAAGUACAGUAGACGUGUGGUCAGUUGUGUGAGAGAGGUGCUCUUGAAUGAAAGUUGAUUUGCGUGUUGCUUGGGUAAUGCCUGCUGAUGAGUGGGCUGAUGUGGUUUUGGUGUACUCAGCUGGCAUUAUCAUAUGAUUUAAUGGUGCUUUUAUCCUCAAGUCUGGACAAUGUUACUUUUAGUGUUACUGAAACUAUCACUGAGAGAGUUUAGUUACAAGGGGCAUUUCUUUCUCCCUCAAUAUGCCAGGCUUUUUGUUUAGCGGUCAUCUUGUGACGAGAACUUGUAGGUUACACUGUCAGUAGGUACAAUUAUUGGAGAACGAUUCCACAACGAACACAGUAUUCCUUUUAUGUUUGAGGGAAACAAUCACAUUGCCUUCGUCACUGGAGCGUGUGGUCAGGAGUUAGGCGGAGCACUAUUUACGGAAAAGCAGCUAUAAAAAGACAGAAGUGAAAUUUCAUCUGAAAGCAUCACUUCCACCACAAUCAAUACCAAAUGCGGGCACUGCUUCACUGGAGUGCUUUCUGUUGGAGGCGUGGCCAGCAGACUGUUUAGUUUCUUUGUGUUGAAUGUAAACGGACUCUAAAUGCCUUUUUUGUGUAAAUCUCCUGCGCUAACAACCCCUGCAGCAUUAUUUUUAACUCAUCUGUUCAUGCAGUCUCAUUGCCACAACCAACAGACAGGUUCAGCCAAAAUACGCUCAGCCAAAUUGAAUGUCCCUGUCCUUUUUAUUGAUCCAGGCAGUGUUCAUGUCUUAUGUUCUUGGGUUCUUUGGGUGCAUUUACAGAAACAGGGCGUAGGAUUAAACUACAUACUUAAUCCUGUGUGAGCUGAGAUGUAUGACCUGUGUGUGUGUGUGACGUGAAGCUGCUAUAUGAGCCUCUGGAUCAAGCCAUUCCGAACUUCUCGCCCUAAAACUGACCACGCUGUUGGAUGCAGAUUUCCAUGAUGCUAAAUGAAUUGAGUGGAUGAAAAUUAACUCCCGUUUGAAUGGCUCCCUGGUUUUUCUUAUGAUCCAAAUACUUCGUGAAUUGACCAAAAGCACUGUUUCAAUGAACCAAAUGAUUUUUGCUGGAAAACAAACAAACCCUGGACGACUGUAGAA